AUGCUUUUCCGUAGUCGAAAUAAGCUUAUAAAGGCAUCCGCUUGUUCAGGAUCCCUAGAACUGAAAUUAGUUUGAAAAUUCAGAAAUUUUAAUAUCUAGAUCUAAAGGGGACAGCAAAGUAGAGAUAGCAUUCUGACAUAAAAUGCAUUGGAUAAAUAUGAGAGCAAACAUCACCUACAUCUUUGCUUCUUUUGAUCAAGAUCGAGAUCAAAACAAGAAGCUGUAUAUAAAUUAAUUAAACAUGGAAUAUUUCCUAUUUUUGUGAUAUCAGGUCUCUUCUAAGAAUAUAUUAUUAACCAUGAAAAUAAUCAAGUAAGUAUUCACUAAUCAUAAAUGUACGUUUCUCGUAUCCUAAAUACACCAGAGCAAAUCCAUAUUGGUGAUAGGUGAAGUUUUCCUAAAGGUAUCUACGAAAACUUCUUGCUUAAUUCAGUUUUAGUUUCUGAAGUUUCGGUAAAACUACUUUACCCAUCAGAAAGCUUCAUAAUCUUUACUGCAAAGCUCCUCGGCCAAUUCAACAGUACUUAAAGUACUCCAAGGUAGUUUAAUCCCUCUAAAAUUAUACAUAUCUAAGCAUCGGCCAUAAUUCAUUUGGCCGUU